GUGUCAUCUGAAUUCAGCUGUUAUUACCUUGACAGCCGCCAUUACAUAACAUAUUUAAGGAAGAUUACUAGUUAGCUUUUUUUCGCAUUUGCUGAGAAGAAAUAAUUAUUUCAAAAUGAAAAAUUACAUGCUAUUUUAUCUAGUGGUUAUUUAUUUCUUCUUGUAUCUUAUCAACACAUCAACAGUUGCCACAACUUGUAAGUUUAAUGGAUGCUACGAUUCUGGAAGGAAUCCACGUCCUUGCAUCGCAAGUCCAGUCAAUAUGGCCUACAAAAGGAAUGUUUCAUCAACAAAUACAUGUGGUAACCCAGCUAGUGGAUUCUGUGAGCUUGGCCCUGGACAAAAGUGCUUUGAGUGUGAUGCUAAUAAAACAGAUAAAAGGCAUUCUCCAGUAUUCAUAGUUGAUAAGGAAUUUGAUACUCCAUAUUUCCUUGAAGAUGUAACAUGGUGGCAGUCUCAAACAUGGUGGGACACAAACCAACUUGGAAUGUCAAACCAGUUCAAUCCUUUGAAGGUAAACAUAACUCUGUCUUUUGGCAGAAGGUUCCACAUAUCUGGUGGUAUCAUAGUGAGAUUUUACAACGAGAGACCAAUGGCCAUGUUUCUGGAAAAGUCAAGGGACUAUGGUAAAACAUGGAAAGUUUUACAGUACUUUGCUUUUAAGUGUCCCUUGUAUUACAACAUGGAUGAAAUGGAACCUGUUCCGAAGAACAAUCUAUUUGAAGCAACCUGCACUGAGGAUUACAGUGGACAGUUCCCACCAAGAUAUGGAAAGGUGGAGUACAGAUUUGAUAAACGCUAUGAUGACAGUUGUCGUUACUUUGAUGAAGAGAUCCAGAAUUUCAUGUUAGCAACAAAUGUACGAGUCAGACUUGAAUAUCCUUACACAGAUGGCCUUGAAAAAGUAUUUCAGACUGAGGAUGUACUCAACAAGUAUUAUUAUGCAAUCUCAGAUAUUGUAAUAACAGGACGGUGUGACUGUAAUGGGCAUGCACAGUAUUGUACAGGACCACGCAUGGAGGAAACAUGUGAAUGUGAGCAUAAUACAAUGGGACAGGAUUGUGAAAUGUGCAUACCAAUGUUCAACAAUCGUCCAUGGAUGCCAGCAAAUGCGAGUCAUGCAAAUGAAUGCAAAGAAUGUGAAUGUAAUAACCAUGGAUUGUCCUGUAUAUACAAUGUUACUCUGGGCUAUGGUGUUUGUACCAGUUGUCAACACAAUACCAAAGGAUCACAAUGUGAAACAUGUUCACCAAAGUACUAUAGGAAUGCAAAUGUGCCUUUACAAGAUCUAAACACAUGCAUUGCUUGUAACUGUUUCCCAGAAGGUAUUACAAAUGAUGGUACAUGCCUACAGGAGGAAACACCCAUGCAGGUGAUUGGACAGUGCCAGUGUAAGGAGAAUGUGUUUGGACGACAGUGUGAUCAGUGUAUUCCAGGAUACUGGGGUUACAGAGGAAAUCCAGCUGGUGAAUGCAAAGCCUGUGGAUGUGAUAUCUUAGGAACAGUGAACAACACUUUACAGUGUGACCAGUAUACUGGGGACUGUCCAUGUAAGGAAUCUGUACAGGGCAGGUACUGUGUGGAAUGUAAAGAUGGCUUUUACCUGUUUCCACUAACCAAGGAUUCAGAUUGUCUAAGGUGUCCCUGUGAUUUAGGUGGGGCAUUCCCUCGAUGUGACAAAUUGUCAGGCACCUGUUCUUGCCGCCCUGGUGUAGAAGGAAGCGAGUGUGAAAGAUCCCAGCAGGAACAUUUCUAUCCAUCCUUGGACUUCAUCCAGUUUGAACUAGAAGAUAUGCAUGGUACCUUCACAACUUUGACUCCAUCUGAGGGUUAUGGAGUAGACUUCAGUGGGCAUGGUUUUGCCAUUCUCUAUACAGGGCAAUAUGCCUACAUUGAUAAUGCCAAAGUGUUAGCCAGCCACCAGUUCUAUGCAGUUCUUCGUUACAGUAUCACCCAAAGUUGUACAUUUGAUUUUUCUGCGAAGCUUGUAUUGGGCAUCACAAGUACUGGCCAAAAUACCAGCAUUGAAUUUGAUCUUUUAAUGGAAAAGCAACCAGAAAGAUCAGGGAAAACAUGGAAGUCACUUCAAACUGUAACACUAUUGACUGGCAAAGUCUACAACCUCUCACUGACAUAUAACAGUACCAAUGACAUUGAGAACUGCUCUGUUCAUGUUGACUCACUGGUCUUUCUUCCUGAUGUAAAUACUACCAGAGCUUAUACUGAGUCCGAAAGAGACACUCAAGAUCAGUUACAUAGCUGUACUCAAGCUUCUUUGUCUCUGGCAGCAUCAGAGCCAGCUUACUGCAACAAACUGGUGUUUGCUGCAAGUACAGAAAUCUAUAAUGGUACCUUGGCCUGCAGGUGUAAUCCGGUUGGUAGUGUUAGUGGUACACAAUGUACAGCUUAUGGAGGCCAGUGUCAGUGUCACCCAGGAGUUGUGGGACGUAUCUGUGACUCCUGUAAUAAUGGAUACUAUGGAUUUUCUUCAACAGGAUGUAAACGUUGUCAGUGUUCUAAUGCGGGGUCUUUGCAUUUUGCCUGUCAUUUGACAACUGGAAAGUGCCAGUGCAAGGCCAAUGUUGAAGGACACAACUGUGACAUCUGUAAAGAUGGCUCCUUUAAUUUGGAUAGUGCUAAUGAGCAGGGAUGUCUGUCUUGUUUUGGUUAUGGCAGAGCGAGUAGUUGUAAAUCAGCUAGUGGAUUUGUUGCAUCAGCCAUAUUAAAUGAAUUUGAAAAUAAAACAGAGUUUGAUUGGGUGGUGGUAAACAGGACAGGUGAUGUGAUUCCAUUUGUUGACUCAGCAUCCAAUGGCUUGGUUGUUACCUCUGUUCUUGUGCCACCUGUAAUGUACAUUAGUGCACCUUCCUUAUUUCUUGGAACACAGUUCAGGUCAUAUGGCCAGAGACUACAUGUCAAAAUAGACAUCAAAGAUCCUGGUAAUGGACAAAACCCGGCUGCAGCAGAUGGAGAUGUCAUCCUGGCCAGUGGCUCUAAAGAAGUGGCGCUCAACUUUAUUCCCUCCCCCUCUCCUAACGUCUCGUCAUAUCACGUGAUACUAGAUGAAACACACGUGAUUGAUGGGCAGUCAGUAUCAUCACUGGAGUUCCAGUACAUUUUGGCUGGGCUGACUUCUCUCAAGCUCCGUGCCUCGUAUUUCCCACAGAGUACCGUGACUUUCAAGGAGGUAACUUUGGAGACUGCCGUGAAUGAGCGAGGUAUACCAGGUGAAGUUUCGGUUGGAUUUGUAGAAAAUGCUACGUGUCACACAAACUACACAGGGCUGUCGUGUGAACUGUGUGCGCCAGGGUACACUCGUGAGGUGAAUGGAAGUGGGCCAAGUGGCCGUUGUGUUCUUUGUUCCUGUAAUAACCGGAGCACAGAAUGUGACAGGGAGACUGGGGCGUGCACCAACUGUCAAGUGGGUACCUAUGGUGACCGCUGCCAUUUGUGUACAAAUAAUGUGCUGGGACCAGAAUGCACUCAGUGUGAGCCUGGCUAUUGGGGACUGUCAGAAAAUGGUUGCAGAGCUUGUGACUGCUUCAUGUUUGGAAUUAUCAACAAUGGAACAUGUAAUCAGACAACAGGACAAUGCAAAUGCAAGCAAAAUGUGACAGGUCGGCAGUGUGAUCAUUGUGCGGACACCUUUUGGGGUUUUGAACUACCCCCAUUAGGGGAUUGUAGAGAGUGCAGUUGUAAUGGUAAUGGAACAGUGAAUGGAAGCUUAAGCUGUAAUCAGAUAUUAGGGGAGUGUCCAUGCAAGAAUAAUAUUCAUCAACGUACUUGCUCAGAGUGCAAAGAUGGUUAUUACUCAUUUCCAAAAGCCAUUGAAAGUGACUGUCUUCAGUGUGACUGUGACUAUGGUGGAAGUGUACAGGAGAUCUGUGAAAAAAUGAAUGGAACUUGCCUUUGUCGAAGCCAUAUUGAAGGAGAACGGUGUACUGCAGUUAGAGCAGGGUUUUAUGUUGCUUCCUUUGACCACCUGAAAUAUGAAGCUGAAGAUGCUAUGGGCAAUUAUGAAGCCACCUCUAAUUUCACUGGGGUGGACCAGGAAUUUACUGGCAGGGGCUAUGGAAAAAUUGGAUUCAACCAAUUUAUUUCUUUCAAUGUCAACUUAUCCACAAGCUUCAGGGACUUCUACAUAGUUAUUCGCUACACCCACACUGAGAAGGCCAACUUAUCACUUCUACUCUCUAUUAGUUCUUGCAAUGAAAAAAAUUGCUCUGAGUCAAAUAAUUUUUCAAUCUCAGAUGUGCCUUAUGGAGUUGGAUUAGCUUGGAUAUCAGAGGAGGCUGUGUCUUUUGUAAGAGGCCAAGUGUAUCAUUUGAACUUGAGCUAUGUCAGUGGAAUGUACCAAAACACAUCCAUUGAAAUAGACUCUUUAAUUUUACUUCCAAAUGUGAGAGAUGUUAGGAUUUAUGAGAUUGCUAACAGAUAUGGUUCUGUUCAUGGCAUGGCACUGCAACAGAUUGAAAAUUGCUGGAACAAAUCCACCACCAUUUCUGGGUCUCAAAGUGGUUUUGACACAGCAGUAUGUCAGAAUGUUACCUUCUCUGCAAUGGCUGAAGUGUUUGAUGGAGCUAUUGCUUGUUCUUGUAACAGUACUGGCACUAAAAAUGGUACCACCUGUCACAAGCAAGGAGGUCAGUGUCACUGCAAGCCAGGAGUGACAGGACAUGCAUGUGAUCGUUGCAAACCAGGAUAUUUUAACUUUACUGGAAGUGGAUGUACAGCUUGUGGAUGCAGUGGUGUGGGCUCAUCAGAUCUAGUAUGUGAUCCUGUGUCUGGUCAAUGUCCAUGUAGGCCCGGUGUUGUAACAAGGACAUGCAGCAGGUGCAAUGCAACCUACUAUGGUUUUCAAUCAGGACAGGGCUGUGUUGAGUGUAAAUGUAAUGCAAGUGGUUCUUCAGACCUGCAGUGUGAUGAUGUUAGUGGUGUGUGCCCAUGUAAGAACAGCACCACUGGGUCAAAAUGUGACAUGUGUCGUAAAAACUUCUUCAAUUUCACAUCAGAGGGAUGCCAACCAUGUAACUGCCAUGAGGGUGGUUCCAGCUCAAUGCAGUGCCAUCUUAACACAGGGAUCUGUAAAUGCAAAGCCAAUGCCGAAGGAGAAAAGUGUGAGAGAUGCAAAAAUGGAACUUACAAUAGUGACCCACAAAAUCCAGAUGGAUGCUCUCCAUGUUUCUGUUUUGAUCGAUCCAAUGUUUGUUCCUCUGCUGUUGGCUUUAUUAAAGAUUAUAUUAUGGUCAACUUCUCAACACUGAAUCACGUUAAUAAACCAGGAAAUCUGCACGUGCUAUCGGAAAAUAAUGGUAAUACCUUUAAAAUUGAUUUUCCAUCCAACAGCAAUGUGACAGUUAUUGUUAAGAAUAAUUUUCAGGGAAACCAACUUUCUUCUUACAGUCAGUUAUUCAUAAUUGACUAUGUUGAGGCUGAAAGUUUAAAUGCUUCUUGGAUCAUCACACUGAAAAACACUCUGGAUCGUGAAGCGCGCUUCAGCAUAGUGUCUUCUCUUUCCUCGUCAAAAAAGGAAUAUCACGCACUUCUUCAUGAACGUAACACCCUCAACAACUUAUCUGCUUUUGACUUACAAAGUAUCCUAGUGGAUAUCGAUUCUGUUGAAAUACAAGGACGUUUCAUAGCCAAUGGCUCUGUUACAAUAGCUGCAAAGAUGGUUACUGCUACCAGAGGUGUUGGAGAAGAAGUAAGAUAUGUUGAAAACUGCACCUGCCCCUACAAUUACACAGAGUUGUCAUGUGGAUAUUGCAAUUCAGGAUUUACUCGCCGACCUCCUAACCCGAGUCACUCGUCAAGAGUGUUCAGCUCGUGCGUGCUGUGUUCAUGCACUGGUCGUUCAAAGGAGUGUUUCCCUGAGAAUGGCACGUGUUACAACUGUCGCAUGGGAUCUGAGGGUGAGCACUGUGAGAGGUGUCAACCUAACGUGGAUAACACUACCGACUGCAGACGCUGUGUACCUGGUUAUUUUGGAUUGACCCCUUCGUCUGGUGGCUGUCGAGACUGUGACUGUGUUGAACCCAACACACUGUACGGAAAUAGUACUGUAUGUAAUGAGACAACCGGCCAGUGCACAUGCAAGCCAAGAAUUGGUGGACGGCGAUGUGACCGGUGCCAUGAGAACGCCUACAACACGAGCAGAGGAUGUGUUGAUUGUCCUGAGUGUUACCGUCUGAUUUACGAGGAUGUCAAGAAACUUCGAGUGAGUUUACUUGCCUUGGACGACACUAUUGAGCGGCUUCGCAAUGGAAAUAUCGGUGAUGCUUCCUUCGCACAUCGGCUUGACGAGUCUAACAAGGAUGUCAGCAAUUUGGUGGAUGAUGCAAAACUUUCUCGAGAAGUUGAGAAUAACGUCACAAAUCAAAUUAUGCAGCUAAAUGAGUCUCUUAAUCAUCUAGAACAAGUCUUAAUGCACGAGGUUACUCCUGGUGUCAACACACUAUCAGAUAACCUCACUGCUAUGGAACGGAAUAAGAACAAAACAGAGGAGCUAAUCCAGCUGAUAAAGGGAGCAGUUAACGACAGCUUUGAUAUUCUGAACAUGUCUGUUGAUUCCGCUGUCCGCAAGGCUGAGAUUAUCACCAUUUAUCUCAGUAAGCUGGUGCCCAGGUUCACUGCACUGGCAAACAAUUUCACGGGAGCAGCCGCCAGUCAGAAUGAAACAGCCUAUGAGAUCCAACAUAAGGUUGAUAACGCUAGUUCUCGGGCAGAGAAGGCUCAGCUAGUGGCCGAAAACACCAUAACGGACCAAAAGGAUCUUGAUCUUUCCCUCCAGACUCUGAAAAUGCAUGGUGAUGUCAUACAAGCCUUGGGUGAAUACGUGAAUUCUACAGCUCAUCAGCUGUUUGUGAAUGCGUCGAUGGUUUUGUCAGGAGCAAACAAGACUUUAUCUGAGCUGAUGCUACUGGAUCCUGAUAACAGAGAAGCGGUCGUUCAGAUCGAGGAGGCAGCGAUGCAUGCAAGCAGACAAGCGCAGGAGCUGAUCUCUACGGCGCAAAAUUUGACCCAAAUGUAUUCCAAUUUGUCCACACAAGUUGAACUGGCUGUGGAAGAAGUGAAUCUUUUGACAUCGCGCGUGUUUAAAAUUGAGGCGGCUGGUAAAACAAUCCUAAUUGAAGCUCAGCGAGCUAAACAAGAAGCUACUGAUGCUGUGCAACUCGCCAGCAACACCUUAAAAGACGCUGAAGAAAUGUUACAGAUCCUACAAAAUUUCGAGAGCAAGGCAAAGGAAGCACAAGAUUUUGCUGAUCUUUCUCUAAAGCAAGCCAAGGAGGCUAACAUUACAAGCUUGAAUGCCAUUCAGUUCGCUCAGGGUAUCAACGCCUCUCUUCAAGCAACACUGGCGGCUGCUAAUAAAGGACUAAACUUUGCGCAACAAGCGUGGAAUAUUUCAACUUAUGAGAACCAGGCUGUGACCAUAAUUCAUGCUGACGCAAACAAAAUAUCUCAAGCCUCAGCCCAAUCUAAGUACACGACAGGAUACCUCAAUCACGUGGAUCACAAUGUCACCAGGUUGAACUCGUCAUCCCAAGGACAUAUUGACACGUGCAAAGGUAACUAUUCCAAGUUAGCGUCUGACGCUUUGACAAAUGCUUAUUUAGCAAAGAACGCGGCAGACAAAGCUGAUGCUGCAGCCAAGAACUUGAAAAUGAACGUAGAUCGCGUGGUACAAGAAGCAGCUAGGUUACAGCACGUGAACGUUACAAGGCUGGGUGAGCUUAAGAGCGAGAUACAGAGAAUACGCUCGGCAUUUACACAGAAAAACCUGGCAGAUAUUAUAACAGAACUGGAAAAAGCAAAAAGAGAGCAGCAGACAUUUUUGCUGGAUUAUAAAAGAAAAGUUAACGAAAGGAGAGUAGAAAUCGCGGAGUUGAAGCAUCUCUAUGCGUCUCUUUCAUCUGUAACGUGUAACAAAUCAUAAUAAUUAUAUGACAUACUGUGUGAUGAAUACGCUAUAUAUUAGUUGCCACAGCAUGCGGUUGAAUUCCGUCCUUGAGGACUGAAGGUCGAAUAACCAGGUCAAUCAGGUUGAAUUUUCGAAGAGAAAAGUCCUACAUCAGUUUCCCAAUGGCUUGAUUAUGUACCCAUAUAUCCAUUUGAAAUUGAUGGGGGAGAGGGGAGACGGGAGGUGGUUGAACGCUGGGCAAGCUUUCGCCAGCUAAAUGUAUGAGAAAAACAAUUAGGGAAAAAAUGGUAACCAAAUAGCCACAGUUUAACAUGAUGAAAAGAAACACACUGUUGCUUUUCUAAUAGCUUAUUAAUUUAUGGAUAACUCUUCACCAUUCCAGUAUAUAGACAGGUUAUUCCUGAUAUACGCUUUAAUAGUUUUUUUGCAAAUAAACAUACGGGUUAAAUUAGUACUAGCUGAAAAGAGGAACAAACCAUUUCGAACUAAGGAUCAUGAAUUUCGCAUAAGUUUCAAAAUGAUUAUGUAGGCAAGGGACAUACUUUUUGUAAACCCUUCGUUUUUUUUUGUUGAGAAGGAAAGUGUUAUUUUUAAUUAUAAUUGCAAGUAUAUUUGUAGGUGAUAUUUUA